GGAAAGGAAAGUGUGGGGGCGAUUUAAAAAAGUUCCAACAUAGUUGUUAUGGUACAAUGACUUUUACACAAUAAAACAAAGAAGAAGAACAACUUGACUUGUUCACACAAGUUCCCUUUAUCUAAUAUUACAAUUUCAUCUAAAGACGGUCCAGUGCGAAUAUGCAAUAACAGAGAAAAUCUAAGAAGGGAUUCUGAUAUUUUAACACAUUUAUGCUGUGUUUUGAAAAAACUGUUGGUGGCACAGCGUUUGUGGAAGUUGUGGUGUUGAAACACUCGUUCUCUUUUGAAAGCGCAUUCAGCUGCUCUUGUGGUAAGCAAGACUUUACUGAGGAACUGAAAAAGAAAUCUUCAUAAAAAAGGAAGUACACAAAGCAGAGAUCCGAAGAGAGAUUAGACAUCAGAUAUGUCCAACAGGAGACACUGAACAACUUUUAGCUAUGAUCCAGUUUCAUUACUGAGACUAGAACAGCUCUCUGAUGGACAGAAUUUACAUGGUUUGAGAAUUUUACACAUGCAAUGGCCAGCAACAAUCCUCAAAUCUACCCCAAUGCAUCACAGAACAGCGUGUCGAUAAAUCCCCAGCAAAACUGCCAUGUGGACAAUGCCAGCCUGCAGGUCCCGCUAGCUAUUUUCUACGCACUCUUCUUCCUGUUCGGACUGGCUGGGAACCUGUUGGCUCUCUGGGUGUUCCUGCGAGUUCACUCCAAGAAGAACUCAGUUCGCAUUUUCCUCAUCAACUUGGCUCUGGCUGACUUGCUCCUUGUGAUCUGUCUGCCUUUCCGAGUGGCAUACCAUUCCAAGAAAAACCAGUGGGUGCUGCCAGAGGUACUGUGCAGGAUAGUGGGCAACGUCUUUUACAUGAACAUGUACAUUAGUAUAAUUUUACUGGGGCUCAUUAGUGUAGACCGUUACUUGAAGUUCCAGAGGGCAUCCUGUAGGCGGAUGUUCCAACAGAGCCGUUGGAGUGUGCUUCUCUGCAGUGCUAUUUGGGCUGUGGCAUUAGCUGCAAUGACGCCACUGAUUGUCCAGGCUGGAGAGCAUGAAAAUGAGAAAACCAAAAAGUGCUUCCAAUACAAAAAACUGCACAAUUCCAAAUGGAAAGCCUACUUCAAUUUUGUCCUUGUGGCUCUCUUUUGGUUGAUCUAUGGAGCCAUGGUAAUCUCAUAUGGAAGGAUCGGCAUAAAGCUCCUUACAGUUUCCAAAGAGAAACCCGAUUUUCCAAAUGCAGCCAAGUACAACAAAACAGCACUGAAGUCCUUCUUUGUGCUUUUCCUCCUCACACUAUGUUUUGUGCCCUACCACUUUUUAAGAAUUUUCUACAUCAUGUCACAGAUUGCACCUGACACUUCAUGCGACUGGAUAAAUGUGAUGGACAAAACAAAUGAGACAGUCCUGCUGCUAUCUGCCCUUAACAGCUGUUUGGAUCCAAUAAUGUACUUCCUGCUGUGUGGUUCUAUUCGUAAAGUGAUGUUGAAGAUCGUAUGCAAUUGUUGGUCUCUGCAAAACAGUGGAGGUGACACUCCAUUUGAACAGCCAAAAAACAGUGCAGUUGUGCCUACUAUUUCCAACCUCUCAUAGAGUUGAUAAUGAUAACAGAUGAUAACAGAUAAUGUUAAAAAUAAUAAGGGAUUGGGAUAUGUUCAUGAAAAAUCUGUGAAUUUCUUUUUGUCACUCAUCUAAAACACUACCUUUUCUACUGCUGCAUUAUUGGACUUAUUACUAAAUGAAUAAUUUCUACAAAAUUACGAAUAAGCUUACGCACGAAUUAACAUUAUUCAAUUUAACUUGCUGUUUGUAACUGUGUUUGCAUUGUUUCUAUGCAAGUAUUAAAAAUAAUUUAGGGCAGUGGUAGCUCAGCGGUUAAGGCUCUGGGUUACUGAUCAGAAGGUCGGGGGUUCAAGCCCCAGCACUGCCAAGAUGCCACUGUUGGGCCCUUGAGCAAGGCCCUUAACCCUAUCUGCUCCAGGGGCGCCGUAUCAUGGCUGACCCUGCACUCUGACCCCAGCCUAGCUGGGAUAUGUGAAAAAGAAGAAUUUCACCGUAUAUGUGCAAAUGUAUAAUGUGUGAUAAAUAAAGAAAAUUAUUAAUAUACUGUGAGCAUAAAAUUAAAUGAUGUCAUGUUCUCUAAAUCAACUGGAGUAAAUGCACAAAUGUGUUAGAUCUUGCAGCCAUUUUCUGCAUAUAAACAUGUACAGUUGAAGUCAGAAGUUUACAUACACUUAGGUUGAAGUCAUUAAAACUAAUUUUUAACCACUCCACAGAUUUAAUAUUAGCAAACUAUAGUUUUGGCAAGUCGUUUAGGACAUCUACUUUGUGCAUGACAUGAGUAAUUUUUCCAACAAUUGUUUACAGACAGAUUUUUUCACUUUUAAUUGACUAUAUCACAAUUCCAGUGGAUCAGAAGUUUACAUACACUAAGUUAACUGUGCCUUUAAGCAGAUUGGAAACUUCCAGAAAAUUAUGUCAAGCCUUUAGACAAUUAGCUUCUGAUAGGAGGUGUACUGAAUUGGAGGUGUACCUGUGGAUGUAUUUUAAGGCCUACCUUCAAACUCAGUGCCUCUUUGCUUGACAUCAUGGGAAAAUCAAAAGAAAUCAGCCAAGACCACAGAAAAAAAAUUGUGGACCUCCACAAAUCUGGUUCAUCCUUGGGAGCAAUUUACAAACGCCUGAAGGUACCACGUUCAUCUGUACAAACAACAGUAUGCAAGUAUAAACACCAUGGGACCAUGUAGCCAUCAUACUGCUCAGGAAGGAGACGCAUUCUGCCUCCUAGAGAUGAACAAUCCCAGAACAACAGCAAAGGACCUUGUGAAGAUGCUGGAGGAAACAAGUAGACAAGUAUCUAUAUCCACAGUAAAACGAGUCCUAUAUCGACAUAACCUGAAGACUGCUCAGCAAGGAAGAAGCCAGUGCUCCAAAACCGCCAUAAAAAAUCCAGACUACAGUUUGUAAGUGCACAUGGGGACAAAGAUCUUUCUUUUUGGAGAAAUGUCCUCUGGUCUGUUGAAACAAAAACCGAAGUGUUGGCCAUAAUGACCAUUGUUAUGUUUGGAGGAAAAAAGGGUGAGGCUUGCAUGCCGAAGAUCACCAUCCAAACCGUGAAGCAUGGGGGUGGCUGCAUCAUGUUGUGGGGGUGUUUUGCUGCAGGAGGGACUGGUGCACUUCACAAAAUAGAUGGCAUCAUGAGGAAGGAAAAUUAUGUGGAUGUAUUGAAGCAACAUCUCAAGACAUCAGCCAGGAAGUUAAAGCUCGGUCGCAAAUGGGCCUUCCAAAUGGACAAUGACCCCAAGCAUACCUCCAAAGUUGUGGCAAAAUGACUUAAGGAUAACAAAGUCAAGGUAUUUGAGUGGUCAUCACAAAGCCCUGACCUCAAUCCUAACCCUAACUUAAAAAGUAUGUGCGAGCAAGGAGGCCUAAAAACCUGACUCAGUUACACCAGUUCUGUUUGGAGGAAUGGGCCAAAAUUCCAGCAAAUUAUUGUGAGAAGCUUGUGGAAGGCUACCCAAAACAUUUUGACCCAAGUACAAACAAUUUAAAGGCAAUGCUAACAAGCAAUUACUAACAAAGUGUAUGAAAACUUCUGACCCACUGGGAAUAUGAUGAAAGAAAUAAAAGCUGAAAUAAAUAAUUCUCUCAACUAUUAUUCUGAUAUUUCACAUUCUUAAAAUAGUGAUUCUAACUGACCUAAGACAGGGAAUAUUUUCUAUGUUUAAAUAACAGAAAUUGUGAAAAACUGAGUUUAAAUGUAUUUGGCUAUGGUGUAUGUAAACUUCUGAAUUCAACUGUUGUUAUUAAUGUGGUAAUAAACUGCUUGGCCAAAAAAAAGUUGCAGUUU